CUACAGCGCGAUUACCAUUAUUUGAUACUUGAAAGAGACGAAAAUUCCUUGUAUAAUAACCACGAUAAUCGAUCAACAUUUGGCCGUCCAACUAUGUUUUCAACCUGCAAAUUGCAAUGGGUUCAUAACCCGUAGGUGACGUUUAAUUAAUUUUAUUUAUUUAGAUGGUAUAAAAAUUGUACAUUUCUAUAGCGAUAAGUAUAUUAGCAGUGUUUAUUUUUAUCAAACUUUAUUAAAUUUGUUCAUGACUAAGAAAUAAUGUCUUUCGAGUACUUGCCCGUGGCUGAAGAUGAAAACGAAGAACCCAUAGAACUACCAAUCGAAGAAGAUGGAACACUGAUGUUAACGACCGUCUCUGCGCAGUUUCCUGGCUGCUGUGGAUUAAAAUAUCGACAUCCGGAAACGAAAAACAUCAGAGGUAUUAGAUUAAGAGAUGGCAGAUUGUAUCCUCCUCCUGAAGGCUGGGGUAAUCACUUGUACAUAUGCAGUUUCCCCAAAGAAAAUAAACGAAAACCCGGUGAAAACUCUGAAACUUCAUUAGCCAAGAAUAAAAGAAACGAUAAUUUAUGUUCUGACUUGAUAGUUUUGGGUUUACCAUGGAAGGCCACUGAGCAGACUGUCCGGGAAUAUUUUGAAAAAUUUGGCGAAGUAUUAAUGGCCCAGUUAAAAAGAGAUCCAAAAACUGGUAUGUCAAAAGGAUUUGCUUUCAUUCGAUUUGCUUCAUACACAUCUCAGAUGAGAGUGCUUGCUCAAAGGCACAUGAUAGAUGGACGAUGGUGUGAUGUACGGAUACCUAACUCCAAAGAGGGAUCAGUACCAUCCAUGCCAUGUAAAGUGUUUGUGGGCCGAUGCACAGAAGAAUUAACUGCCAAUGACUUGAGAGAGUAUUUUUCACAAUUUGGAGAAGUGACAGAUGUGUUUAUUCCGAAGCCUUUUAGAGCUUUCAGUUUUAUUACAUUUCUAGACCCAGAAGUUGCCCAAAGUCUAUGUGGUCAAGACCAUAUUAUUAAAGGUGUGUCAGUAAAUGUUUCCAAUGCUUCUCCUAAACAAAAUAAAGGUGGUUCAAACCAACGUAACUUACCCAGCAGAAACUAUGAAGAAGGCCACCCACACAAUGCCUCUAAUAACAACUCUUGGAAUAACCGCAACUUGGAUAUGGUUAACAUGCAAGCAUUGGGUAUGUCUGGUCAGCACGGACAAACAGCUGUCGCUGGUGGUGGUGGUCAAGCUCAAGGUGGGAGCAUGCCUUUGGGCAUGGGAGGAUUACCGGUGAACCAAGCUCUAGUGGCAGCUGCACUCAACCAGGCAGCCGGGUGGGGCCUCAUCAACAACAUCCCAUCAGGUGGGUCUGAGCAGGGCGCCUUUGCGGGACCAGCAUCAUCUGCUCCACCAGCUCCACCAAACUUUUUGUCUUGGAUGCAACAAGGUAACUCGGCACAAGGGCCCUCUAGUCAGUGGGGACAGCGACACCAGUCCCAAGGCCACUCAGUUUGAUCCAAAAUUUGAUUUGACAAGCUCACAAUAAUCUCUGUGAUUGUAGCAACAAUUAGAUAAAUAUCAUUUGUUUUUAUCUACAUUAUACAAAUAGGUUGUUCUGUUGGUGAAGAGUGGUUAACCUAGAAAGUUUGCUAAUGAUGUUAUUUAUUUAUUAUGCAAUUGCUUGUGUUUUGUUGAUUCCCUUCAAACCUGGUCUAUUUGAAUGAAGUAAAUGAAUGUAUCAUGUUAUAUAAUAUACAAUUACGGAUUUAUGGUGGUGUAAAUGUAAACGACCUUGGUUGUUAUACCUAAGAGAAUUUUUUUAGGGUACUGUCCUUAAUUUUUGAAUCUUUUUAGAUGACCGAUUACAUGAUUAAUGAUUUACAGAUUGUUUAAUACAUUUUUACUCAACCAGACAGUGGGUAAAUUACACAAAAAUGGUUUUUUGAUGCCAAAACAUAAGAAAAAUUAUUUUGGUUCAUAAUUUACAAAAAUAAAUUAUAAAUUACAUAUUUUUGAACUGAAAAAUUAUUUUGAUUGCUAUGAAUUCCACUUGGGGUUCUAAACUAUUCAGUUGUUCAUUACACAAUAAGAUGCGUUAAUAUUCGUUUUUCAAAUAUAUAGGCAAAUAAUAUAGCUCUUAUGACAAAUUAGUACAAAAUAUAAAUUAUUAAAUGAAAUAAAGAACCUGACUACAUUGUAAAAUACUAAACAGCAAAAGAUAUUCUGUAUAAUACUGCUAGUGUAUUAGGUAUUUGCAGAGUUCAUAAUAUAAUAUGUGUAUAUUAAAUAUGAAAAACAUAUUUCAAAUAUGCCUAGUAUCUUCAAAAAAUCUUAAUUUGAAUCUAUAUAAAGUUCUUACCUGCUUUAUAAUGCUAUUUCAAGGUAAUUCAUAAUAUUAUUUUAAAGGAAGUAGGCACAUGCUUUCUGAGACACUUGGCUAAAAAUAAUACAUAUAUAGUAUGUUUUGAGCUUUAUUAUUUUUGUUUUAGUUAUUAUUCUGCAUAAGCUAAACUUCAAGUUGAUUUCCAACAAAUUUUUUUCAGUAAAAUUGAGUAAAUAAAACAAAUGGGUGGAAUGUAAUUUUGAUUAAAAUUAUUGCCAAAUCAAGCUGCUUAAAAAACAAACAAAAAUAGCUGUAGUCUAAAUAUUGAUUUUGAUACAAAAUGCAACAUAGAAUAAAAUAUUUUUAUAUAAUUAUAGUUAGUUCCUUAAUCUGUAAAAUAAAAAUACAUGAAUUUUGUUUCUUUUCACUCUGUUUUUCAGUGCUCAUAUCUUCAUAGUUCCAUAAAGUCCUUUAAUCUCUAUAAUAAAAUAGGUAUUUUUUGUUUUUGUGUGAUUUGCCCAUUUUUUCAUUGAUUGCAUAUUGUACUUCUUAAAUCUGUAAAUGAAGAUGAAAAUGUCUGCAAGAAUUAUGGAUAGUCUUAAAAGAAAAUUUUCAUCUAGCUGUAGCAAUUAAGGGUGUUACAAUUACUGCUCUAUCUACCCUGUAUACAGAUGUUUAUUUCAUAAGGGUAUCUAAGGCUAUUAGCUAAGCUAUUACAACUUUUUAAGAAAUGUUGGAGAUCUUACAUAGAAAAAAAAUUUUUGCAUUCAAACAAAUAAACUACAUAAUAUUAACCAUUUUUCACACACUACCAUAUUUUAUAUCAAUGAAAUUAACAAUAUGUGUAAAUUGAAUAAUUUCUAUUAUAUAAUAAUAAUAAGAUAAAGUUACUUAAAUAUUUAAAAUAACUGUCAGGAUAUGCAUAAUAUGUUAUCCAUCUUUUGAUAACACUUGUAACAAUUUUAAAAUGUGAAUGGUUUAUUUACAAAUUUAUUUAUCUUAAUAAAUACGGAAAAAACCCAGAACCUAUCCAAUUUUAUAAACCAGUACACAAUUUAUACCAAAUAAUGAAGUAUAUCUUUUACUAAUAAAUAAUUAAAUUUGUAGGGAAUUGGUAUUUGAUUUGCGGAUAUCACAAAAUUCAAUUUUCCAAUAUAUAUUUUUUUUCGAGUCAUUGAAUCGCGAAUAUGGACCUAUCAAAAGAGAAGUUUUUUGUCACGCUUAGAAAUGACAUAUUUUAAUUGGGAUCAUUCUCAGAACCGAAUCGAAGAUUAAGAUAGGCAUUGUUUAUUGAAAACGCCCAUUAAUGAAACUAAUACUUUUCAUGUCACUAGGGCGUUGUAGCACUACAUUAAAAUGGGUGACAUUGACACUUGACCUUUAAAUGACAAACAAUGUAUUAUACACCACUAAUCGAAAAUAUUUUAAUUAUUAAACAUCAUUUGAUAAGUAAAAAUUUAUUUUUCUCUAAUUCAGACAUUUUCAACUACUUAUUUAGAAAAUUUAAUUAUAUUUUUUCUUUUUAUUAUAUUCUAAUAAGAAAAACAAAGAAUUCAGAUAUAGAAAUAUGUAGUGUAAAUAUUAUUAGAAAAGACAUGCAUAUUUAAAUGUGUUUUUUAUUUUUAAAUAAAAUCCAAGGAUUCUAAUCAUAUUUCCACAUAACUUAUGAAGAAUAGCCUUAGAUGCCUUAAAAAGCUAAUCCAGAGUAAUUGAUGUGAUUAAUGGAUUCUAUGAAAAAUUACAAUUAUGUAAUACCUUAGUAAGUCAAUAUUAUUAUAUUAAAAAAAAUAUUGUUGUGCUUUUUGUUUGUCAUUUUAUAUUAUUUUAUCUAAAUAUAUUAAUAAAAAGUAGCAUACAUACUUCUGUAUGUUUGAAACUUUUCCUUAGAUAAAAUUUUAUAGUAAUCUGGGAGUGCUUAAUUGUAUAGAUGUUUUGUAAAUCCAAUUUUACAAUUUUAGGGACCGUCCAGUAACUACAAAUUUCUAUAAAGGAAAAUAUAAUGUUUUCUUGAAAUAUUGUCUUGAACCAUUUUCAUCUAAUUUGGAGUUCUUCUUAAAAAUAUUCAACUUGCAAAUAUACGAUUAAAUUCAGCAAUAAAGUAUGUCAUUGAACAUUAUAUUUCUUUAAAUAGUUAAAUCUUACGUUUCUUAAGCAUUUUCGGAAUAUUGAUCAUAAUCAAAUUUUUUAUUUUAUAUAUAUUAUAAACCAAGCAAUACUAUCAGCUCAGAAAAUUUACUUAUCUCUUAGGUUGGUUUGUGGUUCUUUAGCUUCUACCUUAUAAGGAGAUAAUUACUACAACAACAUAAUAAUAUUAAUGUAUAAAACAAAUUAUUUGAUUCAAAUAUUGCUUGUUUUUAAAUAAUAUAGAAAUCUAAGCUACUAAUACUAUGCAUAAAAUAUGCAAAAUAUGCAUAGAAAACAUAAUAUUAUGAUUUUGCUUUAUUACAUAUUUGUAAAUAAGUGUUUCAGAAAUACAAAUUAUCAAAUGAUUGAAUUUAAAACGGAUAAACCUAUUUCCAAACAUCAGUUACCAAGACAUUAGGAAUGUUAAUGUACAGAAUAUUUGUCAUUUUGAUAUUAAGAUUUUCCAUAUUAUUUAUUAAUGAAAUUAUAACAUUAAAUAAGUACUUCACUUUGGCAAAUCAUUUUAGACCGAUAGAAGAAAAAACUGAAGGUUUUCUUAAAUCCCAGAUUAAAUUUAAGAAUGAGUUUAAUAAUUGUCUUGUCCCUUGCCUUCCCACUUUACAUAUUUUCAAUGAUUAAUGUAUGUAGUAGUGUUAGGUAUACUGUGCUUUUGUAUAUUAACGGGUUAAAAGAACAUUAUGUUUUAACAACAGACUGUUAAGAGUUCAUACAUUGUAUAGUAAAACAUAGAAGUCUAUUGAUUGUUAUCAUUGUUUGUCAAAUAAUGUUGAUUAUUAUAAAUUUAUUGUGUGUUUCCUCACGUGGAUAUGGGUAUGAAGAUUGAGGACAAAUGUCUAUUUUUGACAAAAUAAAUAGUUAGAAUAUUUUUGUUACUGAGCAAUGUGGGAUUGUUUACGAAUGGGUAUAGAUGUAGUUGUAGGACAUUCAUCCAAUAGCCACUGUAUAUAUCUUUAGAUGAAAUCAGAAUGAUGGUUGUACAAAUUAAUCGACUGGCAAGACUGUAUAUAACAUAACAAAAUGAUGCCCAGGUGUAGUCACAUCUCUAAGGAGAUAGCGAUUAAAAACGAGGUAGAUAUAAAACGGUAAUCAAUGUUUACAAAAAUAGGAAUUAACAUUUUUUUUUCUACCAAUAAAAUAACAUUGUUAUAGUAACAUGUGACAUCAGCAUGAAAAUUAUUAUAAUUAUUAUGUAACAUCACGUUUCUUAAAUCAUGUAAGAUGUACGUAAUAUCUGAUUUCCUACAGUUACUGGUGAAUUAUAAUUUGUGUGUAGAUGGCCAAAUCUAAUGAUUCGGAGUAAUGACAAGAAGGGCUUUUGUUGACACCAAGUAUGAUGUGAGGCAACAGAUUCUAAAAUGUAAAGAUCAGAAAAUUAUCGAACAGUAACCUAGUUAAAUGAUGUACCAUGGCUCCCAAUAGGACAUGAUAAGGUGUGGGACUCAUAAAAUGAAUAAUACAAUAAAUUUGAUGAUCUUUUUAAAUUACAAUAUUUAACUUGUGUCGUAGAUAUCGGCAAUUCCAAAAGAUGUAUAAAUAUUACAAUUAUUUCGUACUUACAUAUUUAUAAAUAAGGCUUACAAAAAAAAGCUAAAAGUGUUAAAGCUAGACUGUAUUCGUGGGGUAACACCAACAUCAGAUAUGUACCUAUCUACAAAAUAGACGAAAUAUACCAAGCAAUGACAAUACUUAAAAUGGUAGUGCAGUCGUUGAUGGAAUAAAGGGUGUUCGACGAAUUAAUGUAAACGUGGCAAAUUGCUUAUGUUUUUUGGUAAUCAUUAUAGAAAGUGUUUGAGAGUAAGAUGGCCAAGAUAAGAGGAAUGAAGAGAAUGGCAUAAAAAAUAUUUUAUUGUGCCGUUUGACAUUACCUAAUAUUUAUAGUUUGAUCUGUAACAGUUACAUUAGAAAUACCUACAUAAUAAUAAUUUUAGUUGAUGUACAUAUAACAGACAAUUUCCAUAAUUAAAUAUUUAAAUUUGUAUUUAUGUAAUAUGGUGUAUGUUUCCCAUAUAUCGCUUUUUUGUUCUAAGUCAUUUGAACACUAUCACCGAUAUUCCUACAUUUUGAUUAGGCUAUCCGCACACAUUUAAAAAAUUCCACCUGUGUAUUAUUUGCAAACACACACCUUUAUAGUUACUAAUAAUUAUUUUAUUAGCGUACGACCUGAGUGCAUAUUCUUUUUGCAUAGCUGACUACAGGGUUAGCUCCAAGCAUUUAAGCAUUAUUGCAGUUAUUGGUCCAGUCUGAAGAGUUGAAAAUUUAUAGACCAGUUAAAACAUCAAGUAUAGCACCAGCAAAAAAUAAUAUUUUGUCGCUUGAUGUUUUACUGUUGUCUAUGUUGUGUGGAAAAUGUCGUCGACCCGAGUGUGGAUUUAUUAAAUAACAUAACAUGAAGUUUAUCAUUAGUUUCAAAUGAAAUAUCGCCUGCGAGCCCUGCGACUCAAAACUUUUACAGUUAUCACUACGAUGAAGUACCAAAAGCAUAAGAUAAUAAAUAAUGAUAUACAAAACUCUUUAAAGUGAUUGCUUUUAUAAAUGUAUCGUAAAUAGUUUUAAUGGUCCUUCCAGUCCGCUUAUUUAUAAACAUGGUCAUUUUCAUGGACUGUCCAUAUAUGUUAAAAAGGUACGUUAAACCAAAAAUCUAGCUCAAAAUACGCUCAGGACCUACGCUAAUAAAUUACCAGAAUACCUAAACAUUUACAUUUAACCUUUGUAUUACAAAUUCUCUUAUGGAUUUAGCAUGCUGUUAUAUAACAAACUAAAAAGCUAGCAUAAUGCAAGUUUGUAAUCAUCAACAGCCGUUAAAAUAAAAUAAAAUAUACUUUUAGACGAUGUGAUGAACCAUCGAAAGAAAUUUAGUAUAGGUACCAUUUCCACGUUAUUACAAGAAAAUACCAGAGUAAAUAGUGAUUUAUGGGCGCAUUCUAUGUUUUAGUAUAAUGAAUAAUAUACUAUACUGGAUUAGUAAUGUGCAUUUCGAUGGUCCAACCAAACUAUAAGUGAUUCAUAGUUGCAACUAUCAAGUACAAAAGUAUGUCGCUAAUGUUAUUGUAACUUUUCUGUAACUGUUAACUAUUUCGCAUAGUUUUUCAAAAUCAUUGCAAAAUAUAAACAUCGUCCCGCCGCGACGUAUGUCGAACUUUUGCAUGUGUGAUGCUUAUUUAGUUCACAAGACAUCUUCAAAAAGAUAGAUAAAUGUGGAGUUUUGUUUCCGCAAGCCUAAAAAAGUCCAGAAUCUAAAUCACAUAUUUUGAAUUCCAAUACAAUGAUACUUUUCCUCAUAACUUUUUACAGAUGCCUGUGUAAAACAAGUCGCGAUUAUAGUCAAUAAAGGAAUUGGUAUUUAUGAUGUGUAUGUUUUCGCUUAUAUUUGUUUGUUUUUUAACUUAUUUGGCCAUUUGUUGUUCAGUUUUUAAUUUAUAUGCGUGUCGAUUUUUGAUAUAGAGUAAGAUUUUGCUAUUGUGUGUUAAAUCUAAUAUAAAAUAUUUAUAAGUAAUGUUAUAACAUAACAUCUAAAUCAAGUCAAUUUGGAUUGGUAGAUAGUUUUUAUUUACAGUUGUUAUAAUAUGAGACACGGCAAACCUAAAAACCCGAUAUAGACAAAGGCAAUGAACAAUAACUAUUAUGGUGCGACCGCUUCUUAGCGUGCGCGUAUUACGUGGUCAAAAUGAAACAAAUUGUUUUUGCAGCUAUUUCUUUGAUCAUAGUCACUUCUAGCCUAUCUUGAAGAUAAUAAACGCAAGAAAUGUUUCAAUUUUGGUUCACAAAAUGUAAUUCAAUAUUCGCAAAAUAAUCGAUAAAAAAUUUAACAUUCAAAGCACUGUGCGCUACAUUUCUGAAGAUUUUAAGGUUUAUAUAAUUAUAAUAUUUUAGUGCACAUUUUUCUUAAUUCCAGGUAUAAAAUAAAAUUUAUAAAGUGGUUAUCUGUACCUAUGUAAUAGAUUAUUCAUUUCCGUAUGUAAUAAAAUCAUCACUGCAGUAUGAUGUUUACAUAAUAUAAACUAAUUAUUUAUUUUAAAAUGUACUUGCAUAUUUUUUUUUACAGUAUAUAACUAAAUCAGGUACUCGACCAAAUUUUGCUUUGUAUUUAUUAUAUCGUCAAUUUUUAUCUACAAAGUAGACAUUCAGAACAUAACGCAUAGGCAUUAACUACCAGUGUACCAUUAUUUAUAAGGAUAUAAUAUAAAAUAUAUGUUUUAUUUCUUGAAAAUACUACGGUUUAUUUCGUUUGUUGCGAUACUUAGAGAUUCCCAAGGAUUGUUUUCAUUUAUUACUUAUCCGACAGAUAACCAUAAUAUGUAUUUACCAAAAGUGUUAUUAUUAUGGAAAUACACCAAUCACAAACUAA